AUGUAUCAGAUGUUUAACGAAGUCCCUGUUGUUGACCCCAAUCGCCAACGAAGUCAUUGCGAGUCUGCCUAUGCGCUAGCACUAUCUACGGUGAUGAAGAAGCUCGACUGCAUAAGCAGGAAGCUGUUGUGUUGGAUGCUUGGCUGCUUUUGGGCAAUGGUGUGUUAUAACGAAGAACUUUACUCAGAAAUGGAUAUGGUGUUCCGGCGGAUGAUGCGAGGAAAACAACGUCUUGCGGCACCUUCUAAAAUAGCCGAAGAAAACUGUCUCCACUUUCUUGGUCACAUCAUCUGGAGACCAUCGGAUUGCGUUAUCCAAGUUGUCUUCAGGAUGCUCCCAGAUUCAAACUAG